AUGAUAACUGGACAAGUCAGUAAGCUCUUGUUGUCAGUGCAGAGUGAAAUGAAUGCAGAGUUGAGAGGUGAGGACAAGGCAGCUGCUUCAGACAACGAGCUGGAUAAGUCCCAGCUUGAGCCUGUGGAAUCAAAUGACAACGAGGACACUCCCAGCAAGCUCUUCGGAGCCAGAGGAAAUACAGUGCUGUGUGAUACAAAUAUUUCUGACCAGCACCAAUCCAGUAAAUCCCAUACAUCAUUCCCUGUUGGGUCCCAGCCAUUGUUGACAGCUCAGCAGUUAGCCUCAGUUGUAGCUGGAGUGAUGCCAGGUGCCCCUCCAGCACUGAAUCAACCUAUUCUGAUUCCCUUCAACAUGGCUGGACAAUUGGGUGGUCAGCAAGGUCUUGUCCUGACUUUGCCUACUGCUAACCUCACCAACAUCCAAGGGCUUGUAGCAGCAGCUGCAGCAGGAGGCAUCAUGACAUUGCCACUGCAAAAUCUGCAAGCUACCUCAUCCCUGAAUUCCCAACUCCAGCAGCUCCAACAUCUUCAACAAUUCCAGCAACAGCAACAGAGCCAAAUUAGCCAGCAAGCACAGGGACAAGCUAGUCAAUCCCAGCAGCAACCAACACAGCCACAACUGCCUCAACAGCAACACCCACCACCUCCUCCACCACCAUCACAGCAACAGCUUCAGAAUCAAAAUCCACCAGCUCCAGCUCACCAAACUUCAAGCUCCCCCACAAAGACCAACCUACCUGGAGGUCAUGGUCUUCCCUCUUCACUCACAUCCUCAAACCCCCUUCAGCUGGUUAAUAAUCCUCUGGCAAGUCAAGCAGCCGCCGCCGCCAUGGGCUCAAUAGCUAACACACAAGCUUUUGGCAAUGCACUCUCCAGUCUUCAGGGGGUCACAGGUCAAUUAGUCACUAAUGCACAAGGACAGAUUAUUGGAACAAUUCCACUGAUUCCUAAUCCAGUCUCAUCCAAUCAAGCAGCAGGAGGAGCUCAGGGCCUUCAAAUACAGCCAAUUACACCACAGUUAUUGACCAAUGCCCAAGGUCAAAUCAUUGCAACAGUCAUUGGAAACCAGAUAUUGCCAGUAAUCAAUACACAAGGAAUCACACUGUCACCUCUCAAGUCAGGCCAACAACUCCAUCAGCCCUCUCAGGCACAAGUAGGACAAGCAGCCUCACAGACUAAUCUUCUACACCUGACUCAUAGUCAAGCAUCUAUAUCUCAAAGCCCAGUGCGUCAGGCUUCUUCUUCCUCCUCCUCCUCCUCCUCAUCUUCAGCUUUGAGUGUUGGCCAAUUAGUCAAUAAUCCCCAAAUAGCCUCUAGUGAGGUGGAUGGGGUGAAUCUUGAAGAAAUACGAGAAUUUGCCAAAGCUUUUAAAAUCCGACGCCUGUCUCUUGGUCUCACUCAGACACAAGUCGGUCAAGCUCUAAGUGCCACAGAGGGUCCAGCCUACAGCCAGUCUGCCAUCUGCAGACACACCAUCCUGAGAAGCCACUUUUUCCUACCACAGGAAGCCCAAGAGAACACUAUAGCUAGCAGUCUGACAGCCAAACUGAACCCUGGCCUUUUGUAUCCUGCCAGGUUUGAAAAGCUGGACAUCACCCCUAAAAGUGCCCAGAAGAUAAAGCCGGUGCUUGAACGGUGGAUGGCUGAGGCUGAGGCCCGCCAUCGAGCAGGUAUGCAGAACCUUACUGAAUUUAUUGGAAGCGAACCAUCCAAAAAGCGCAAGAGGCGCACUUCCUUCACCCCACAAGCUCUUGAAAUCUUGAACGCGCAUUUUGAGAAGAACACCCAUCCCUCUGGGCAGGAAAUGACAGAAAUUGCACAGAAACUGAACUAUGAUCGGGAAGUGGUUAGGGUAUGGUUCUGCAAUAAAAGGCAAGCACUGAAGAAUACAAUUAAACGUCUAAAACAGAAUGAGCCUGUGACAGCAGCCCCAAUGGAGCCCUUAACAGACUCUCUGAAAGAAGACUCUUAA